GCCUGGCCACCGCCUUCCAUCCCUCCAGCCUCCGUUCCUUCAGCUUUCCCGUCGUUGGCGCUCCUACCCACCCUUCCAUCCCUGUGUUUUCCUCUGAUUCCUGUUUGCCUUGCUGGUGCGAACAUGGGCCGGGAGAUUCGCUGCGGUCUGAUGCGCUGAUGUUAUUUUUUUUAAGGUCUUCAAAUAUGAAUCAUGCGUCUGAUAUUCCAUCCGCGUCUGCUCGCUAGCGUCUUAAUCGCACUGCUACCUUCGUUUUCCUCCGCCUCAGUGGUUUCCGUGGAGAAUGAGCGAGGGUCUGCAGCGCCGUGGCAAGAUGCGACAGCAGCCCCGGAGACGACGAGUAGUGGGAACGCUACAAACAGACAGGACAAGGAGGUGGCUGUCACAUACCCCUCACGCCUGGUCUACUACGUGAACGAGGAAGCAGAGAGCGCAUACCAUGACUUGGACACCCGUGCAAGAAACCAGGCAGCUGAAGGCCAGGCCAUCCACUUGGCACAGGCAAGCUUCCAGCUGGACGCGUUUGGUUCUACUUUUACUCUGGAUCUUGCACUAAACAACGAUCUGCUGUCUUCAAAUUAUGUUGAGAUCCACUAUGAAAAAGACAAACCUGUUUUUUCCAAGGGAGGCGAGCACUGCUACUACCAUGGUCAAGUGAGAGGGAAAGAUGCAUCUCAUGUGGCUCUGUCUACUUGCAACGGGCUCCAUGGAAUGUUUGAUGAUGGAGCGUUUGUCUACCUCAUCGCACCCCUGAACCAGACUCAUGCACCGGGCACGGGGCCGAGGCCACACACUUUGUAUCGGACAUCAUCACUCCGAAUGGGCCGCAACCUUGCUGAUUUAGCUACUGAGGACCAGGGGGAGGAUGAGGAGGAGGAAGAACAGAUCUUGUCCGACAUGCCUUGGCUCAGGCGGCGCAGGAGGAGAGCAGUACCACAGAAGGUGUUUGAUGAGAUCAAGUACCUGGAGAUCAUGAUAGUCAGCGACCACAACACGUUUAAGAGACAUAAAAGCAAAAAGCAUACAAGAAACUUUGCCAAGUCAGUGGUGAACCUUGUAGAUGCUAUCUUCAAGGAACAGCUGAACACACGUGUGGUUUUGGUUGCCGUCGAGAUCUGGACAGACAGAGACAGGAUUCCUCUCAGCGUCAAGCCUCUGGACAUGCUAAAAGAUUUCUCCAAGUACCGGCAGCAGAACAUCGGCGUCAAGGCAGAUGCCGUUCAUCUAUUUACGAAUGUCACAUUUCAUUACGGUCGCAGCAGCAUGGCCUACAUUGGAGGAGUUUGUUCUGUAGGGAGAGGAGUAGGGGUUAAUGAGUUUGGCAGCACAUGGACGAUGGCUGCUUCUCUCUCCCAGAGCCUGGCACAGAAUCUGGGCAUCCAGUGGGACCCUGUUAGCAGGAGAAAGGAGUGCGGCUGUAUGGAUUCCUGGGUGGGAUGCAUAAUGGAAGAUACUGGAGUGCAACAUCCUCGCAGGUUCUCCAAAUGCAGCAUUACAGACUUUAAGAACUUCCUGCUUAGAGGAGGAGGUUCCUGUCUUUUCAACAGACCCAACAAGCUCUUUGAGGCUACAGAAUGUGGCAAUGGGUAUGUAGAGGUGGGAGAGGAGUGUGACUGUGGAACCAGGAUGGAGUGCUAUAAAGACUGCUGUAAGAAGUGCUCUCUGUCUAAUGGUGCUCACUGCAGUGAUGGGCCAUGCUGUAACAGCACCUGUCUGUUCCUUCCAAGGGGCUACAGCUGCCGCUACUCUGUGAAUGAUUGUGAUAUUUCAGAGUCUUGUUCAGGAGAUUCAGGACAGUGUCCCCCCAACCUACAUAAGCAGGACGGGUACUCAUGUCAGCUCAACCAGGGUCGCUGUUAUGGAGGUGAAUGCAAGACCAGAGACAGCCAGUGCAAAUACAUCUGGGGUACAAAGGCAGGAGUCUCAGAGAAGCACUGCUAUGAAAAGCUGAACACAGAGGGGACGGAGAAAGGGAACUGCGGGAAAGAUGGAGAGAAGUGGAUCCCCUGCAGUAAACAUGAUGUGUUCUGUGGGUACCUGCUGUGUACCAACAUCGGCAGAAACCCCAGGAUUGGGACGCUAAAAGGCGACAUCACCCCAACCACGUUCAACCAUCAGGGACGUCUGAUAGACUGCAGUGGCGGCCGUGUACUCUUGGAUGAUGACACUGACCUGGGUUAUGUGGAGGACGGGACCGCUUGUGGCCCCUCCAUGAUGUGCCUUGAGCGGAAGUGUGUGCCUAUCUCCUCUCUUAACCUUACAGCCUGUCCUUCCGGACCCAACGGACGCGUGUGCUCUUCACAUGGAGUGUGCAAUAACGAAGCCACGUGCACCUGCGAUGAGUUCUGGGCUGGGACAGACUGCAGCAUGCACGACCCGCGGAAAGAACCACCCGCCGUCGAAGACGAGGGUCCCAAGGUGAGCGUGGCCACUAACAGGCUGAUAGGGGCAGUGGCAGGGACCAUUCUGGCCCUAGGGGUGAUUUUUGGAGGCACUGGGUGGGGAAUAGAAAACGUUAAAAAAAGACGGUACGACCCCAACGCCAGUGGCAUCUAAACGACUGGAGACUUCAGCCUUGCCUGGUUUCCCUUGGGAUUCUGAAAGUGAGCUACCUGCUGGACUAUACCCUCUCCUGCUGCUAACAACCAGUAAUCUUUGCUUGGAAACGAGAAUUAAAUAAGGAAGGCAAAGAUGAGUAGAAUAUUUUUCACACAAAAUCUUGUCCCCAAAGCCUGUACCAGUGCCCUCUACUCUUCCAUGGCUUUUGUACCAUUACCCAGUUUAGGAUGGGUACAUGUUCCUGACUUCCUGGCUUGAUUUUGGCAUGACCAUCCCUGGCUGUGGCACUUGCAUGGCAGUGGAGGGUCAUUAACUUAAAACAAAGAGGGGGGGGAACUGGAGGACUUAUAUUCCUAGAGAAGAGCAAUCUAAACCUGAGCCUACACUGACUAUCCUGCUCUGAUCAUGGAAUCAUUGCAAGGUGGGACUCUUCUAUACUGGUCAUAAGGUCUGAAAAGGGCCUGGAUCUCCUGACCACGCUUCAACAUGAAAAACAAUAAACUCAUUCAAUUUUGAGACAAAUAUGGGAUUUUGGUCUCAUGGUCCCAACAUUGUUUUACAUGGACAUGGAUUUACAAUUUUUUUUUUUCAAGGUUCAGCAUGUUGUACUGCAGACAUUUUAUGCCACAUUAAUGAAAAAAAAACAAUAACCAAUGAACAAAAAGCAUCCAACAAUUUGGACCACAGCUUCUUUUCCUGCUUAAUAAGUUCUCCUUAAUUCGCCCACACUCGCACAAUUUAUUAUAUAUGCCUGGUAAUGUCAAUAACUGCUCCCCUUACUACUUACUAUAAAUGAACCACCAUGUGUGGUCGGUCCUGUCGGUUAAUCGGAGAGCUGCAUGAUGAUUAAAAAAAAAAACCUGCACUGGGAGUGGAGCCAUGUGAAGCCUGCCACGCUUCUUAAGGUAACUGCAUGUCAAAGGAAAAACAGUUAACUUUUACUUACUAUGCAAAAAGGAAAUGUCGCACAAACCCUAUGGAUCGGUACCAUAGAGAAAUGAUACUAACAAUGAAAUUGCUAUCAUUAAGCAGUCUUUUAUAUGCUUGGACAUGUUGGUCUUUUAAAUUACUUCUAUUUAAAAUGAAUGUUUUAAACAAACAAAAGAACUUCAGCUUCUAAAAAUGGAAUAUUUGUUACCAUAGUCAUACUUGUUGGACAGAUGAAUAAAAAAACUUGUAAGUACUCAGUACCGGGUAAUUGAUCGGCUCAGGAGGGGUUUCGUUUAGGGUUUUCAAGGGUUUUCACCACUGACUUGGGGCACCUGAUGUCAAUUCUCAUCUUCUUAAUACUUAAAAUUCAUCUCAUUUUCCCAUGGAAACAUUGACAAAAAAAUAAAGUUAAUAAAACUUAACAAAAAAUUAUUUGUUGAUU